AACCAUCACCUGGUGUAAAUAUAUAAACAGUAACCCACAUCUUUGUUGUAAUCUUUAAAAGUCAAAAGCGAUCGAUAAGGAAUCAACGUCAUUUACGUCAUUUGAGUUUUUUUAAUACACGCAGGUUUCAAACUUAUGUGAGUUCAGUCGUGUUUGUAUAUGUCGAACAUUGGAAGCAUAUAGCAGGUUAACUCAAAUGGUUUCUAAUUAUUUGUACAUUUGAUAUAAUAUAAUAUAGAGAAUUGUAACAAAAAAAUGAAUAUAAUAUAUACAAUAUCGUCGGUUUUAAUCUUAACUAUUUUCUCAAAUAUUGGAUAUUGUUUAAUUCAAGACAAUGGAAAUUCGACAGAGAUUCGAAAUUAUCCUUUACUUAUGCCAAACGUCAGUCCGAAGACACCAGAAUUAUAUUUAUGUACACCAGUGAGAGUAGACUAUUCAAGAAAUUAUUAUAUCGUUGGUUUUCAACCGAAUGCAACAAUGCAAACGGCACAUCAUAUACUUAUUUAUGGAUGUACGAAACCAGGAAGUUCAAAACCAAUUUGGGAUUGUGGGGAAAUGGCGAGAAAAUCUGAAAGAGGUGGUCUUCCUCAAGCAGGUGUUUGUAAAGAUGGCUCGCAGAUUAUUUACGCCUGGGCAAAGGAUGCACCACGUUUAGAUUUACCGAAAAAUGUGGGUUUCAAAGUUGGUGGUAAUACAAAAAUUCAAUAUCUCGUCCUUCAAGUACAUUACGCUCAUGUCGAUCAUUUUAUGGAUGGCAGUACCGACGAUUCGGGUGUAAUUCUUCAAUAUACAUUAGAACCAAUGCCCUAUCAAGCUGGUGUUUAUUUACUUGGAACAAGUGGUAGUAUUCAACCAAGAGCAAGAGAAACAAUGGAGACUGCUUGUCAAUUAACUGAAGAGAAGACAAUGUAUCCAUUUGCAUAUCGUGUACAUACACAUUCAUUAGGUCGUGUUGUUUCCGGUUAUGUUAUUAAAGCAAAAACAAAUGAAUGGAUUGAACUUGGCAAAAUGGAUCCACAAAAACCACAAAUGUUUUAUCCAAUUCAUAAUAAAAAUCCAAUUCAUCAGAAUGACACACUUGCGGCGCGUUGCACUAUGCAAAGUAAUCGUAAUCGAAUCACUUAUAUUGGUGGGACAAAUGAAGAUGAAAUGUGCAAUUUUUAUUUAAUGUAUUAUGUCAAAAGUGGUGAACCAAUUGAGGAUAAAUAUUGUUUUAGUCCUGGACCACCUUUUUAUUCGUGGUCUUCUCAAGGAUUAAAAAAUAUUCCUGAUAAAGAAGCUUCUCAACUUAGGAAAUUUCCUGGAUUUUUCUAAUUAUCCACUUUCUUUUUCAUAGAAAGGAUUUUGAUUAUCAGACUUGGAAAUCUGAUUUGUAAAAACUGAAAAUGUUUUCAAAAAAUCACCCCUCAAAAAAAAAAUAUUAAUUUUCUUCAUUUUGUAAGACGAUAUAAAUAACGCAUAUCAAACUUACUAAUUUUAUUUUUUAUUUUAAUAAUUAUUAUUUUUGACCGAUUUGAUGAAAAAUUGCCACAAGCAAAAAAAAAAAUCCAUUGCAAAUAUAUAUAUUUAUGAAAAGAGACUGAAGAAUAUUUUUACUAUAGUUGGAUUUCAGUCUGAUUCUCGAAUAUAAGAUAUAUAAAAGUAUUUUUCAUGUCAUAUUAUUGAUUUAUUUUAUUUUUAAAAAAUACUGUCAUGUAUUUUUUACAUUGAAGGCAUUAUUAUUGGCUCAAAAACCAAUUUUUAUGAUCCAGUUAUUUUUUUUUUUUAAAGACAUUAUCAUUUUUCAUUAAAUGUUUAUUUUAAUUUUGAAAAAAAAGUGGACACUAGUCAGAAAAAAGUGCACUGAGAAGACUGCAUUUUGAACUUAAUUUUAUAUGCGAAAAUUUAAUGUCUCUUAUCUAUACGUUUACUUUUUAUUUAAGGUCAUAUGUCCAAUAUCGAUGGCAUUAAAAAAAAAAAAAAAAUGAAGUGCGUUGAAAUACAAUUUUUGUCAAGCUUCAAGUCUGAUAUACACUUUUUUCAUACUAUUUUUUUAUGUUUAUUUAAAAAAAAAUUCCUCUAAAUUUUUAUUUAUUUUUUUUUAAUUCCCUUUUAUUUAGUUUGAUAAUUUGAAUUUGAAUUUUUUUUUGUAUAAUUACGAUUUAAGUUGUUUGAAAAUAUUUUCUUAGUCACUUAUAUUGAAGUACAAAAGUUAUAGGUUUUGAGCCAAAAAAAAGGAAAAAUAAUUUUUUUUUAAAAUAAAUUGUUGAAAAAUAUUAGCGCAAAUUUUCCUAUAUUCUGUUGUAUAAUUCUGUUGAAUAUUGCGAUUAAUGAUUGUGAGUUUGUUCUUCUAUAAAUAAUUUUAAUAAAUAUUUAAGGACAAAUUGUAUAAAAUGGAAUGUAAAGAAUCAUACGAAAGGCAAAUAUGUUUUAGUUUUUAUUAUUUUAAAUGUUAAUGCUUUUCAUAAUAAAGAAAGCAAAAUUCGGUUAUUUUUUAAAACUUAUAUACAAAACUGUACAAAGUAUAGACGAAUAUGCCGAGAGCCUAUAUAUGUAUAUGUGAUGUACUAAAAUUAGUUUUACAUAAUAUAAUAUUUAACAAUUAUUUUUUAAUUGUCUCAGGAAGAAAAAUCGGUAUGUCUGAAGAAAAAAAAAUAAAUAAAAAAUUUAUAUAUAAA